AUGUCCGCGGCUGUAUUGACUACCAAUCAAGACCUGUCAAAGAGAGGGAUCUCUACCUACGAUGAUCGUGAUACCUUUCUCUCACGCCGAAUAAUCGCAUCGCCGUAUCUCGAAGAAAGUCAUCUCCUCGAUUUGACCACAUUGGAUGAUCAGAGUCGUCUGCUAGCAUUGGCCUUGAGUGAUCUUACAACAGCGACAAGGGAUUAUGCUAUCGCUGCAUAUGAAAAGGCAAUUGACCUGGAAGGUCUCAUGUCAUCAUUGAGAACGUUGGUGAUAGCCGAAGGGUCCAGAUGGACAGAGCAAAGCUUCUACGUGGUUGAAUUUCGGUCCACACUUAAAGCAGGAAUCGAUCGGGAUCUUCUUUUCACGCUCGACCAGAAAUCUCACGAGGAGGCGACCCAAAGCGGAGGACUGCUGAAGUACUGGUAUGGAGAGCCGGAUGCUGAGCGAAGGAAUCUAGCAACCUGCUUCUGGAGGAACAAAGACGACGCCAUCAAAGGUGGAUCGGGGCCCUGGCACAAGAAGGCGCGAGCCAUAGUACCGCAAAUAUAUCAGCAUAUCAAGGUCACCGGUCUUUUGCUGACGAUCAAAGAUGACGUGUUGGGGUGGACUCUCGAGACCGCUGUCUGA